AUGUGGAGAACUAUACGGGGCGUGGGCUGUGCUCAUGAAGUCGCGUCUGAGCACCAUCUCAUAAUGUGCUAUUGGCUGGAGAAGAAUCGGCACAUUGUGUUUUCUGGUGAGAUGCAGUCAUCCACGUUACUAAAUUUGGCGGAUCGUGACGCUGAAGGACGAAGCAUUCCUACCAGAAGAAACGGUGGUAGGCACAUGCCUAUCUACGAACAAAAUUUCAGCGGUGGUGUCGGCGUUGUCGAUCACGCGUUCGUUAAGAAACUCACUCGAGUUCCUCUUCAGUUUAAAGUGACAAUUGUCAGUGUCUCGUGUGGUCGGAAGCACUCAUGCUAA